AUGGCUCAAGUUCUAGAUAUCUGUCUCCGCUGCAACUCCCUGCAAUGUCGUGCUAGUCUUACCGAACGAGCAAUUGUUACAACAUGUUCCCAUAUAUUUUGUCUCAAAUGCGCCGAAAAUCUAGGACUAGCCCGGUCAACUGGAAGAGAUCGACAAUGCCCAGCAUGCCAGACAAGCCUUCUCAACCCUGACGAUGUCGUUUCCACCGUCCUCAAUCCAACUGAAGACUACAAAACUAGUGUCCUCAGUGGGUUAGAUCCAAAUACUGUCAUGGAAUGUGCCGGAAGAGCAUUAGCCUUCUGGACAUACCAAACUGCCCAAGAGAUCUUCUACCAAGAGUACCUUGGCAAAAAUUUAACAGACAAGUACUCUGCACUGAACAAGCAAAUGGAUAAGGUGAUUCACGAUGCCAACUCUGAGAUGUCGAGUCUCCACCAGCGGAUUGCCGAUUUGAAACUAGGCCAAGAACAACUUCAAAAGAAGAACCAGGAGCUAGUGGAGCUGUAUCGCGAUAAGAGCAAGAAGCACGCCCAGGUUACGAAUCUAUAUAGCUUAUUGAAGAGCCGGGCUAUGAGGUCACAGCUCCAAACGGCAGUCUCUGACACGGUCGCAAAUACGUUGCAGUCGCUUAAUACCACAGAACACCAUACUACCCAUGGAUUUGCAGCGAACACGCAUUCGCUCCCUGCCUCCUCAAAUUCUAGACAUGAACUUUCCGUUUCCAAUAAUGAUCUUGGUAUCGAACGCCUACAUCACCGUCAGAGAAGUGUCGGCUCCAAUAACCCUCUAACCUCUAACACCAUGCCGCCACCCAGUGGACUUCCUCCAUCUUAUCGCAAUUUGCAGGGAUAA